AUGCGGGGGGAGACACAGACUGUCAGUCAAGCUCACAGGCUGGAGAGGAGGGGCUGUACUCUGGACAGCAGUGACUCUGGGAAGAACCCAGGUGUCCUGGUGGAGUCAACUGCCCAUGAGCUCCCCAGGCGAUGCUGUGGCCAAGAGCGUGAGUGUGACCCUGAGCUGCAGAACCAGGGGGAUACUGCUGUUCCCGAGCAUCCCAAGCACCCAGAUCCCUGCAGUGGAGUGCAGUGCCGAAGGGGGUACCAGUGCAUCGACAAGAAUGGAGAGCCAGAUUGUAUCCCUGACUUUCGAACCUGCAACUCAGUAUACUGCAAAGAAGGAACUACUUGCAAUAUUGUACAUGGCUGGCCCAGGUGCAUCCCCAACCCACCAUCCUGCCAUCACGUCAAAUGCAAACAGGGGACUGUGUGCAAACUUCAGAAUGGCUGGCCCAGCUGUGUCCCUGUGCCAUCAUCCUGCCAGAACACCCAAUGCAAAAAAGGGACCAUGUGCCAGGUCGUAGAUGGCUGGCCCAAGUGUGUCCCUGUGCCAUCCUGCCAGAACACCCAAUGCAAGGAAGGAACCAUGUGCCAGGUCAUAGAUGGCUGGCCCAAGUGUGUCACUAUGCCAUCCUGCCAGAACACCCACUGCAAGGAGGGGACCAUGUGCCAGGUCAUAGAUGGCUGGCCCAAAUGCAUCCCUGUGCCAUCCUGCCAGAACAUCCACUGCAAGGAGGGGACCAUGUGCCAGGUCAUAGAUGGCUGGCCCAAGUGUGUCCCUGUGCCAUCCUGCCAGAACACCCACUGCAAAGAGGGGACCAUGUGCCAGGUCAUAGAUGGCUGGCCCAAGUGUGUCCCUGUGCCAUCCUGCCAGAACACCCACUGCAAAGAGGGGACCAUGUGCCAGGUCAUAGAUGGCUGGCCCAAGUGUGUCCCUGUGCCAUCCUGCCAGAACACCCACUGCAAAAAGGGCACUGUGUGCAAAGAAAUAGAUGGCUGGCCCAAGUGCGUCCCUGUGCCAUCCUGCCAGAACACCCACUGCAAGGAGGGGACCAUGUGCCAGGUCAUAGACGGCUGGCCCAAGUGUGUCCCUGUGCCAUCCUGCCAGAACACCCACUGCAAAAAGGGCACUGUGUGCAAAGAUAUAGACGGCUGGCCCAAGUGUGUCCCUGUGCCAUCCUGCCAGAACACUCACUGCAAAAAGGGCACUGUGUGCAAAGAAAUAGAUGGCUGGCCCAAGUGUGUCCCUGUGCCAUCCUGCCAGAACACGCAUUGUAAAAAGGGCACUGUGUGCAAAGAAAUAGAUGGCUGGCCCAAGUGCAUCCCUGUGCCAUCCUGCCAGAACACCCACUGCAAGGAGGGGACCAUGUGCCAGGUCAUAGACGGCUGGCCCAAGUGUGUCCCUGUGCCAUCCUGCCAGAACACCCACUGCAAAAAGGGCACUGUGUGCAAAGAAAUAGAUGGCUGGCCCAAGUGUGUCCCUGUGCCAUCCUGCCAGAACACCCACUGCAAAAAGGGCACUGUGUGCAAAGAAAUAGAUGGCUGGCCCAAGUGCGUCCCUGUGCCGCCAUCCUGCCAGAACACUCACUGCAAAAAGGGCACUGUGUGCAAAGAUAUAGAUGGCUGGCCCAAGUGUGUCCCUGUGCCAUCCUGCCAGAACACUCACUGCAAAAAGGGCACUGUGUGCAAAGAAAUAGAUGGCUGGCCCAAGUGUGUCCCUGUGCCAUCCUGCCAGAACACCUAUUGUAAAAAGGGCACUGUGUGCAAAGAUAUAGACGGCUGGCCGAAGUGCGUCCCUGUGCCAUCCUGCCAGAACACCCACUGCAAAAAGGGCACUGUGUGCAAAGAUAUAGAUGGCUGGCCCAAGUGUGUCCCUGUGCCAUCCUGCCAGAACACCCACUGCAAAAAGGGUACUGUAUGCCACAUGAUAUAUGGCUGGCCCAAGUGUGUCCCUGUGCCAUCCUGCCAUGACACACUCUGCAAAGAGGGCACCGUGUGCCAGGUCAUAGAUGGCUGGCCCAAGUGUGUCCCUGUGCCAUCUUGCCAGAACACUCAUUGCAAAAAGGGUACCAUGUGCCAGAUCAUAGAUGGCUGGCCCAAGUGCAUCCCUGUGCCAUCCUGUCAGAACAUGCAUUGCAAAAAGGGGACCGUGUGCCAGGUCGUAGAUAGCUGGCCCAAGUGCGUCACUGUGCCAUCCUGUCAGAACACGCAUUGCAAAAAGGGCACUGUGUGCAAAGAUAUAGAUGGCUGGCCCAAGUGUGUCCCUGUGCCAUCCUGCCAGAACACCAACUGCAAAAAGGGCACUGUGUGCCAAAUCAUAGAUGGCUGGCCUAAGUGUGUCCCUUUGCCGUCCUGCCAGAACACCCACUGCAAAAAGGGCACUGUGUGCAAAGAUAUAGAUGGCGGGCCCAAGUGUGUCCCUGUGCCAUCCUGCCAGAACACCCACUGCAAAAAGGGCACUGUGUGCCAAAUCGUAGAUGGUUGGCCUAAGUGCGUCCCUUUGCCGUCCUGCCAGAACACCCACUGCAAAAAGGGGACUUUUUGCAGCAUAGGCACUAUGUGCCAGAUCAUAGAUGGCUGGCCUAAAUGUGUCCCUGUGCCAUCCUGCCAGAACACCCAUUGCAAAAAGGGCACUGUGUGCAAAGAUACAGAUGGCUGGCCCAGGUGUGUCCCUGUGCCAUCCUGCCAGAACACCCAUUGUGAAAAGGGUACUUUUUGCAGCAAAGUAGAUGGCUUGCCUAGGUGUGUCCCUGUGCCAUCCUGCCAGAACACACAGUGCAAAAAGGGGACUGUGUGCAAGGUUGAAGAUGGUUGGCCAAAAUGUGUCUCUGUGCCAUCCUGCCAGAAUACCCAUUGCAAAGAGGGGACCCUCUGCCAGGAGGAAGGUGGCUGGCCGAAGUGUGUCCCUGUGCCAUCCUGCCAGAACACCCGCUGCAAAGAAGGGACUAUGUGCAAGGUUGAUGAUGGUUGGCCCAAGUGUGUUCACAUCCCACCAUCCUGCAAAGAAAUCCAAUGCAAAGAUGGAACAGUGUGCAAGAUGGUAAACGGCUGGCCCAACUGCCUCCCUGUGCCGUGUGUUCCCGUGCCACCAUCCUGCCUGAAUUUCCAGUGCCCACCGGGGACUGUGUGCGAGAUCAUUCACAGCUGGCCCAAUUGUGUCCCAGUGCCAUCCUGCCACCACUUCAAGUGCAAAGAGGGCACUGUGUGCAAACUGGUGAAUGGCCAGCCAGAGUGUGUGCACACCCCACCGGCCUGCAAUGGAGUACAUUGCAAGGAAGGGACUGUGUGUAAGGCCAUAGAUGGCUGGCCCAAGUGUAUGCGAUUUUUCAGAGCUGCCCCAUUGUCUCCUCCGUCUUGUGCUGAAACUGCCUGCAAACUGGGCACCGUGUGCCAGAUGGUGGACGGCUGGCCCAAAUGCGUGCCAAAGAAACGCUCCUGUGAAGGCAUCCAUUGCAAACCAGGUACCGUGUGCCAGAUGGUGGAUGGAUGGCCCAAGUGCAUGCCAAAGAAACCCUCUUGUAAUGGUGUGCAUUGCAAACCGGGCACCUUGUGCCAGGUAGUGAAUGGCUGGCCCAAGUGCGUGCCAACCCACAAGUCCUGCGACACUGUCCAGUGCAGCAAAGGGAUGGUGUGUGAGGUGGCAGGUGGUUGGCCCCAGUGCGUCCCAGCAUCACGCUCCCAGCCCAUCUGCUGGGCCUCAGGCCACCCCCACUACCACACCUUCGAUGGGCACAGCUUCGACUUCCAUGGCACCUGCAGCUACACCGUGGUCAAGACCUGCAGCCAUAAGCCCAAGCUCCCUGCCUUCCACAUCAUCACCAAGAGCCAGAAGCGCGGCAACACACAGGUCUCCUUUGUCAGCCAGGUCACCAUCCAGGUCUACCACUACAACAUCACCAUGGUCAAGUACGAGUAUGGGCUUGCCAGGGUGAACGGCCAGCGGACCCGCCUGCCCAUCUCCCUGCACGACGGGAAGCUCUGGCUCCACCAACGGGGAGGCCAGCUGGUCGUGGAGGCCGAGUUCGGCCUGAAGGUCUACUACGACUGGAAUUACUACCUGGUGGUCAAGGUCACCAAGGCCUUCCUGGGCAGGCUGUGUGGCCUGUGCGGCAACUACAACUGGGACCCCAGCGAUGACUUCCUCACCCCCUCAGGGCAUCUGGCCACCAGUGCCAUAGAGUUUGGCAAGAGCUGGAAGGUGGAGGACGGUGACAGACAGUGCAGGCAUGGCUGCAAGGGGAAGUGCGGGGGCUGCUCACCGGAGUUGGUGAGGCGCUACCAUGGAGAGGCCUACUGUGGUCUGAUCACCAAGACAGCCCAAAAUGGCCCCUUCCGAAGUUGCCAUGCCCUGAUCAACCCCAAGGCCUUCCUGGAUGACUGUGUGGCCGACCUCUGCACUUACGAUGGCUACAAGCAGAUCCUUUGCCGGGUGCUCAAGACUUACGCGGAUGCCUGCCAGCGUGAGGGCACAGUGGUGAAAGACUGGAGGAAGCAGGCCGGCUGCCCUCUGCCCUGCCCAGAGAACAGCCAGUACCAGCUCUGUGGCUCCGCCUGCCCUUCCACGUGCAAUGACUUUGCAACCCUGGACAAGUGCCGCUUGCCCUGCAUGGAGACCUGCCAGUGCAAGAAGGGCUACAUGCUGGACGGGGGUCAGUGCAUCCCCAAGGGGCGCUGCGGCUGCAUCCACAAGGGGCGUCUCUACACCCCUGGAGAGCAUUUCUGGGGGGAUAAGAAGUGCCAGCAGAAGUGCCAGUGCAACCUGCACAGCAGGAAGGUCACCUGUCAGAUCUCCCGGUGCCAGCAGGGCGAGGAGUGCCGGGUGGCCAAUGGUAUCCGGAGCUGCUAUCCCACCCGCUAUGGAACCUGCUCCGCCCUGGGGGAGUCGCACUACAUCACCUUCGAUGGGCUGCACUACGACUUCCGCGGCACUUGUGUCUACCUCCUGGCUGGUUUGUGCCACAAGAACUCCAGCCUGGUGAAAUUCCAGGUCCUGGUGCAGUACCAGAGGAAGGGCAGCAAGAGUGGCUCUGGCACAAAGGUGGUAGAGAUUCAGGUCUACGGAGUGAAGCUUGUCAUUAUCCACGGAAAGGUCCGGCUGAAUGGCCUGCAAAUCAACCUCCCCUACAAUAUCGACUAUGACAAGAUCUCGGCCUACCACCGGGGCUGGGACAUAGUAGUGAAGACGGCUUUUGGCCUAACAGUGACCUUUGACGGCCAGAACCACAUCCGGGUGAAGGUGCCGGCCACCUAUGGCCGCUCAGUGUGUGGCCUGUGUGGGAAUUUUGAUGGGGAAGAUGACAAUGACAUGACCAUGAGCAACCUGCUGCCAGCGCCCACCCCAUCGGACUUUGGGAGGAGCUGGAAGGCCCGGGACAUCCCAGGCUGCAAGGAGAUGGAGAAGGAAGACUGCAUGGACAUAGCGAGAGUGGAGAAACAGCAUAGGAAGGGCAAGAAGGAGUGCGGGCUCCUCCUGGACAGGGACGGCCCAUUCAAGAAGUGCCACAAGAAGGUGAACCCGGAGGGGUACUUCAAAGACUGCAUCUUUGAUCGCUGCUCCCACAAGGACAACCAGACUGUGGUCUGCCACAUCCUUGCCUGCUACGCCGCAGCCUGCCAAGCAGCUGGUGCCAAGGUCUAUGAGUGGAGGACCAACAAAUUCUGCCGGCCACCCUGCCCCCAGAACAGCCACUAUGAGAUGUGCUCCAGCAGCUGUCCCGCCACCUGCCGCAGUCUCUACACCCCAACCCGCUGUCCCACCAAGUGCCGGGAGGGCUGUGUGUGCGACGAAGGCUUUGUGCUGAGCAGUGAUCAGUGCGUCCCCCUCUCCCAGUGCGGUUGUGUCCACCGGGGCUUCUACUACAAGCCGGGCGAGACCUUCUACCCCAACGGCUUCUGCAAGCAGAGGUGUUCGUGCCAGGCAGGGGGGAUCGUGGAGUGCUACCACUUCUCCUGCGGCCCCAACGAGGAGUGCCGGGUAGUGGACGGCAUCCAGAGAUGCCACCCAGUGGUGCCCAGGACUGGCACGUGCCAUGCCGCUGGUGACCCCCACUACCUGACCUUCGAUGGCUUCCCCUUUGAUUUUCAAGGCAACUGCACCUAUGUCCUUGCCAAGAGCUGUGUCCGAAAGGGCUACCUGCCCUCCUUUGCCAUCCACGUGAAGAAUGAACGUCUGGGCAGGAGCAAGGCUGCUGUCACCAACACUGUGUCCAUCAUCGUCUACAGACGCACAUUCACCCUGGUGCGGAACAGGAACGGUGUUGUCCUGGUGGAUGGCAUCUCCUACUACCUUCCCUUCCAGCUGAAGAAUGGCUUGGUGCGUGUCUACUACCAUGGUGCCAAUGUGGUGUUGCACACCAAAUUUGGCCUGCACCUCUCCUUUGACCUGAACUACUAUUUGGCCAUCACUGUGCCUAAGAGCUACCAUAGCCAGACCUGCGGCCUGUGCGGCAACUACAAUGGCAAACCACAUGAUGAUCUCCUGCGGCCCAACGGCCACCUGGCCCGAGACCUGCGUGACUUGGGUGUCUCCUGGAGGGUGAGAGUCCCCGGGGCAGUAUGUGACCAUGGCUGUGCCAGCCUGGUCUGCCCCGCCUGCCAGGAGUCCCGGAAGGCGAGCUACAUCCACAACAACUACUGCGGCAUCAUCCGGGCGCCCUAUGGGCCCUUCAGCGCCUGCUUCUCCACCCUCAACCCCACCGUCUUCUUCAACAACUGUGUGCAUGACUUGUGUAAGGCCGGGGGAAACCGGAGGCUGAUGUGCAGGUCCAUCCACAGUUACGUCACUGCCUGCCAGGCUGCUGGUGUCAAGAUCAAGCCCUGGAGGACCAAGAAGUUCUGCCCCAUGACCUGCCCAGCCAACAGCCAUUACAAACUCUGUGCCAACCCCUGCUCCAGCGGCUGCAAAGGGGUGGCCAACAUCACCAAGUGCCCCAAGAUCUGUGCUGAAGGGUGCCAGUGCAACAAAGGCUAUUUCUGGGGCGGCAAUGAGUGCGUCUCCAUUCGGCACUGCCACUGUUUCCACAAGGGCAGGUACUACAAGCCAGGUGCGCGGGUGCUCACAUCACAGUGCCGGCAGCGGUGCAGGUGCAUCCCGAGAGGGGGGGUGGUGUGCCAGUCAUUCCAGUGCCCGGCGGGGGAGCUCUGCGAACUGAGCCAAGGCCGAUGGGGCUGCGUGAGACGGGAUGGGAACUGUACCAUCACCCGAGGAGAUGUCUUCACCUCCUAUGAUGGGGUCUCAGGGAAGGUGCCCCUGGACGGCACCUACGAGAUCUCCUCGCUCAUCGACACUAGGGCCGCCAGCUGGUUCCGGGUGGUAGUAGAGUUCCAGACCUGCAAAAAGUGCCGUGCACCCAGAGUCACGGCCAUCACUGUCUACUUUCACAAGCUCACCAUCCUGGUCAACCGCAACGGCAGAGUCUUGGUGAAUGGGCGCCCAGUGCGACUCCCGGCCAGGCCCUCCAGAGUUGUGUCAGUGAGCCAGGCAGGGAACGUGGUGACCGUGGCCCAGGGCUCGGCACUGCAGGUUCUCUUCAGCACCCGUGGGGACGUGACGGUGAGAAUUGAUGGGAAGCUAGCCAGGAAGGUGCAAGCCGCCUGCGGGAACUACAACGGGAACAGUGCCGAUGACCUGCGCCUGCCCGAUGGGACAGUCCUGGACAACAUCGGCGAGGUCCUCAGCUACUGGAGAUUCUCCGAGAACCCCCAGGAUGAUUAUGACUGA